AUGAUUAUAGAUAUGAAUUCAUCAAGCAGAUUUUCAGAAAUCUCAUUUUCACGACUUUUAUCUAAGACAAUAAUUUCUGAUAAAAGUAAAACCAAAAAUACUUAUGAGUCUCGAAUUCGAAAAUUAGAAGCUAAAAAUGUUGAAUUAAGUGUACGCAACCAAGAAUUGGAGACAACAAAUGCCAAGUUAAUGGCUCGAAUUAAGGAAUUGGAGACCAGAAAAAGUGAUCAUAAGAAAUUGGAUGCGGCAAUGAAGAAUUUAAAGGAUACGAUUAAAAAUAAUAUAAAUUAUGUAAUAUCUGCUGUAAACACGUUGAAAGUAUUAACGGGGGAAGAGGAUGAGGUUACACUACAUACAGUUCGGGUGAAAUUAUUUUGUAUGGAGGAGCAGUGGAAAGAAAGAGGAGUCGGUUCUUUAAAACUUAAUUUUUCAAAAAGUACAGUAAAAGCACCGCGUUUAGUGAUUUUAAAUAUAACACUAUUCAACGGAAUGCAUGUUGAAAAACAAGAUAAAUUUGUAAGAUUGUUCGUAUAUGAAGGUGAUAAACUCGUUCAUCUUGCAAUUAAGCUAUCUAAUUCGAAAGCAACGGAUGAAUUAUACAACGCUAUCAUUGAAGCAAUUCCUCCAACUAAAAAUUAA